GAGGAGGAGGCCAUCUCUCUUCUCACGAUCAACCGUCAGUCGGCGUAGUACCUGGUUCUGUUUCUAUUUAUCCUCCCUAGACCGAGAAGCAAAACGCGGGCCAAAAUUGGAUGAUCCGCUGACGUAAAGGCGUUUCGGACGCAUCCGGAUACAAGGCUGGCCAGCUGCGCCAUUCUUGUUGUGUGGUUCUUCUCAUCAGCCACACUACAUCAGCCAACCCUGGCUGCCGGGUCGUUGUUGUUGGAUUGUUGUAGUUAGCUGUUGUGAUGUCGCACACUGCAGGAAUGGACACGGGCUUGCCUGUACCGGAUGCCAUCCCCCUGCUCGAAAAGCUGCAAGAGGACUUGGUCUCCAACCUGGUCCAGGAGGUCAAAUUUCAACCGGACCUCCAUCAAUUACCCAUCACAACACAGGAUGAUGAAAUAACCAUUGAUGCUCGGGACAGAUCUGCUCAUGUACUAAGAUGCCUAAAAGUGGUGUAUGAUUUGUCUUCUGACGUAUUCUUCAUUGCAAUCAACCUGAUAGACCGUUUCUUGACCAAGAUGAAGGCAAAGAAGAAAUACAUGGCCUGCAUUAGCGUAUCAGCCUUUUACUUAGCCGCCAUCCAACGGAUGCAGUCCAUAGAUGCCGAUCACUUAGUCUCGAUUUCGCAGUGCAGAUGCACGGCUAAAGAUCUGAGACGCAUGUCGAAUGUGAUACAAGAAAAGUUGCAAUGGACUCCUGGUGCUCAGCCCACUACUACCUUGACUUUUCUACGUUUGUUCAACAAUAUGUUUCACGCAGUAGCAAAGCAAAUGCACCUCGGCGACGUUUACAUCAGUAUCGUCAAGGAAUCCGAAUUGAUCCUCCGAUUGGAAAUGGUGGCUUGCGAUGGUAAUUGCGCAAGUCUCAGGCCAUCCGAGAUAGCUCUGGUAUUACUCUGCACUUAUUUGGAUGCCGCUGUUAAACGACUGAAUGCGGACGCCACUGGGUCUGUCGACGGUCCUUCUUCACACAACACAUCCUCCAUUACUCCAUCCUACCAAAUGCUGAAAGAUGAACUCAUGCAGUUUGCUGUGGGACUCCGAGAAAAAUGCAAUAUUUCAGAGGAGAACUUUCGCUCCACUCAUGGGGCUGUAGGCGCCAUACUGAACAAGUACAACACCCAGCAGCAAAUGCCGUACAGACAGAAGCUAAUCUGGAGAGUUUCGUCGCGCACCGAAUGUAUGUUACGUCCAACCGACAAAUUCAUAUCCGUGCUUCCCGCCAUCGCGGAACAUGCGCCGGUUCCGUCACCAAACAGAAUCAGGAAAAAUCGUAAAUACGCCCGACGCCAUGGCAAUAAGAGACGUUAAAGUGGCAUCGCCAUUUUUUUUUGAGAGUACGGCACUGAGAUUUUCAUUCGGUAUAUCAAUAAACUGUUGAUAUACUAGAUAACCGACACGUGUUAAGUAAAAGCGCAAGAUUUUUACUUUUUACAGUACGAAGAUCAAAAUUUUACACGAAAGUACAAACGUCGAUUUACGCAUUUCGAUGAUUUCUCUUAGAAGCUUUAUUUGUGUCAUCUACUGGGAACACGUACAUACUGGCAAAAUAUAAAAAUCAUCGUCUCUCGUAAGACAACUCUACAUAAGAUAUAGUAAUACAUGUUUUGCCAGUAUGUAAAUCAUUAUUAUCGCAUGAUAUAUUAAUCUCGGCUCACUUUCUCAUCGCACUAUAUGCACAUAUUAUAUUUCGGAAUAUUUGUGCAAAUAUUUUAUAAAGACGAGGAUUUGAACCCUUGCCCUGUUCCAGCGAUAAUUGAAUAUUUAUUGCUAUUGUGAGCAUGGGAAGAAAAAGUUGAUGAACAGGUAUACAAGCGCUGUGAGAAGCGGAGAACGGAAUAAUUAUCUUUAAGAAAGAUUAAUGUGAUAUACAAUGUUCUUUAUAGUUAUUAUUAUCAUCUAUAAUUAGGAAAACAACAUCUGAUAAAAAACGUAUAUCUAUAUAUUUACAAAAUAUGUUGAAAACGAUGAUAGAAGUAUAUAAAGAAAAAAUAUAAAAAAUGCGAAAGUAUUAAAAAUUCGUAUAACGUAAAACGUGGUUAUUAUAAAGAGAGAAAAAAAGAUUAUAAAGUUGGUUUAUAAAGAUCUAUAAAGAUUGAAUGCGCUAAAACCUAUGCUCGCCAAGUUUGACAAAGAAAGAAAAACGUUUCGUUAGAUCUGGUUUUAUUAUGUCUCGAAAUGCGCUUCUUUUUAUCGUAUUUUACUUCAGGAAAAUGAUAGAUAAAAUAUAUAAAUAUGAGUUUACUGUUACCUAAAUGAUUUUCGUAUACGCACGUAUUAACAAUAACGGGAAAUGUGUGCGAAUUGCAGAAUAAAUUUAUUCUACAACAUUUCGAGGUACAAGUUGCGUAACCCAGAGUGUUGGAGACCAAUUUUGCUAUCGUGUUGCAAUACAAAAAAAAGGAUGUAAUUUUCUUGCAUGUUUAUUCCAAAGAUAAGCCAUUGUAUAUUUUUGCUUCUUUCCUGUAGAGAUAUUUUACAUUACAUUUUGGGAUUAAGGUUUUCUUGCGGUAAUAAUAGAAACGCUUCUUUUUAAUAUCGGGUAACUUUUAUAAUCAUUUAUUACCUGAUUCAUCGCAGUAAGGUAGCUUAUAACAUAUGAAAGUGUCGAGGUAAAGGCAUGAAAAAAUACUCCAACUCCAAUCUCAUUCUUGACUCUUAAUUGAUCGUGUGAUAUAUUGUGAAUUUGUAAACUGUGUCCCGCAUAUGCGAUCAAUAAAGGAUUAAGAGUGAUAUCGAGAUGUAAGAAGUGAUGAGUGGGCAUGAUAUGAAAUUCGUAAGCAGACGAAAGCAUGUAAACGAUAAUGUAAUGCGAGCAAACGCAAUUGUAAUUUGGCAGUAAUGUUGAAUUUUUUUAGACGGUUUAUAUUUUUUUCAUAUAUAUUUCGUCAAUUUUUUUGUGCUACACGAUCAAAAAUGUGUUAAACGAUAAAACGUUAUUCGCGAUUCACGAUAGCUCAUAAUUCGACGUUUGGAAACUGGUCUGCAUUAUCUGCAUUUACUGUAACUGAAUGAAAAAAAAGGGCAGUUAAUUCAAAUAAGUUUGCAAGUCUUAGCCAGUUUACGCUAGUCAUAAGUCGUACCGUACUUUCGUGAUCUGUGAAAAUGCAUUCUCUUUUUGCUUUGUGGCAUCAAUACAUCAUGCAAAUUUUAUUUUA